CUCAGUUGGGGCUGUGGGCAGACCAGCUGGACAGGGUGGGCUGCUUUUCUUCUGUUGUGCUUAGGAAAAACGGACAUAAUCCUUCAUAUACUCAUAAAAACAACAAGGAAUAGAAGACAGAAGUCAUUUUACUGCUGGAGAACUAUGGUGAAACAGCGGCGGGUCAGAGGGGCCCCCUGCUGUGCAGCUGUUUGUUGCAGAAGAGGAUCAUGGAGGACUCUGACCGAGCCUGCCAUCUUUGCUGCGGAGACCAGCUGCGACUGCAGCGCACCUCAUGAGAAGCUCAGCAUCGCACAAGCACGCAGAGGGACCCCAGUCGACCGGCCAGUCAGAGUCUACGCAGAUGGCAUCUUUGACCUGUUCCACUCAGGCCAUGCUCGGGCCCUCAUGCAGGCCAAGAACCUGUUUCCAAACACCUAUCUCAUAGUAGGAGUGUGCAGCGAUGAGCUGACUCAUAAGUACAAGGGCUUCACAGUCAUGACGGAGCACGAACGUUACGAAGCCCUGAGGCACUGCCGCUACGUGGACGAAGUUCUUAGAGAUGCACCGUGGACGCUCACGCCAGAGUUCCUUGAGAAACACAAGAUCGAUUUUGUGGCUCAUGAUGAUAUCCCGUACUCAUCAGCGGGGACCGAGGACGUUUAUAAACACAUCAAAGAAGCAGGGAUGUUUGUCCCAACGCAAAGGACAGAGGGGAUCUCAACCUCCGAUAUUAUCACCAGAAUUGUCCGAGACUAUGAUGUAUACGCCCGACGUAACCUGCAACGCGGCUACACAGCUAAGGAGCUUAAUGUUAGCUACAUCAACGAGAAAAAGUAUCGACUACAGAACCAGGUAGAUCGCAUGAAGGAAAAGGUUCGAACUGUUGAAGAGAAGAGCAAACAUUUCGUAUACCGCGUGGAGGAGAAGAGCCACGAUCUCAUCCAGAAAUGGGAAGAAAAAUCUAGAGAGUUUAUUGGCAACUUCCUAGAACUUUUUGGACCCGAUGGGACAUGGAAACAAGUGUUCCAGGAACGCAGCGGCCGGAUGCUGUCCUACGCUCUGUCGCCCAGAGAGUCGCCCUGCAACAGCCCUCCGCGUGAACUGUCCCCCCUGCGCUCCCCCUCCCCUCCAUCGCCCCCUGCCCGCUGGUACAACGCCCGGCCCUCGCCCCCCAACUCCCCCAAAGGAGCCUCAGCCUUGAUGAGCAGCAUGAGUGAAGGCGACGAGGACGAGAAGUAGAUGAAAAAAAGCAGAAACGUUUCACUUCACGGUACACUGCCUAGGAACACCUCACCAAAAAACACUUUUCUCCAAACGUCGGCUGGAAACAGAACCAGGUUUCCUUAAAGACGUUGCAGAUUUGCAACGCUGACACUGAUCAGUGGAAUACAAAAAAAAGCCAUGAUUCUCUGGGGAGCAGAGCAGAGAGAGAUGGAGGAAAGGGGAGGAAAAAGAUGUGGAUUUAUUCUAUGUAUUCAGUGUCACUGUUUUUUAUACAAGAACAAGAACUCUGUGCAAUACCUGUAAAGAGGACUUUCUUUGGUUUGUCCAGAACCAAUAGACACUGAAACCAAUUGCUAACAUCACUGGAUUGUUUCUUGUCAUGCUUUUUGUCCUUAUUUUGUAAAAUGCCAAGCUUCUUUACAAAUUCCCUUUAACAUACAAGUAGGCACUCAUUUCAAGACACCUUUUCCCACAAUGUUACAUUGGAAUAACAGAAAAAGACACUGCACACAACCCAGACACAUUGUUAUUGUUAGUUUAAACCAUUUUUGUAAAUAAAACAAACUGUACUAAUAAGAUAAUUGUACUUUUUAAGUACUUGAAAAAUAAUUAUUGCUCAAAUUUAAAAUCUAUAUAAAAAUAUAUUAGAAAGCCUGCUAGAUAUGCAUAAAAAAAGAUAAAUAAAUCAUGUAUUUUAUUUGCUUAAUCUUACCCUUCAAAAAGCAAGGCAGUCCAGUCAUUAAUGUGCAUACAUUUAUUCAGUGGGGAGCAAAUCCUAAGUUAGGGAGAAUCUGUUUUCAACAAAAUCACAGCUGGCAAUUUCUCUUAUCCCGCUUGUCUUUCUACAACCGUGUUUCCAAUACAUACGCAUGUAUUCUUCUAUACUGCUUCACAAGGCUGUAGGAUACAGAAACAGUAUGAGAUCAUUUCUCUUUCUGCAAUCUCUUUAUAUCAUCCAGAGCCCUGGCUCCUAUUUAAUGUUCUAUUUUUUUCAGCUAACUACACAGGUUUUCUAUAGGCUUUUUAUGCAUAGGCAGUGAGAUGAGCAUAAAGGGCUGAUUUUGUCUCUGGUGAAUAAUUUUUUAUUUUAAUCAGCCCCUAUCGAUGACAUUAGACCCUAAGAUAUGAACUAUUUUAAUUUGACCUCUUACAAUGUUCCCAGGGGGGAAAAUGCCCACAGUAUCACAGCUCCGCCACUGUACUUAACACUGUAGAUGAUGCGUUUUCAUAUAUAUGUUGAUCCUUUGCUUUUCACCAAACCCAUCCAUAAUUAUCCAUCCAUUAUCUGACACGCUUAAUCACCAUUCACGCACACACUCACACCUAAGGGGACUUCAGAGAAGCCCAUUAGCCUAACAGUUAUUGGCAACUAACUGUUUUUGGACUGUGGGAGGAAUACGGAGUACCCGGAGAGAACCCACGCAUGCUCAGGGAGAACAUGCAAACUCCAUUCAGAAAGACCCCGGGCUGGGAAUCAAACCUGGAGCCUUCUUGCUGUAUACUGAGCAGCCCCCAUCCAUAAUUAAUUAUUAAAAAAGACAGAAGUCCUAACUAAAAUCCCAGCAGUUUAGCAAACUACAUGCCCUCGGAAGGAAAGGACCUUUUUUAAUGAUAUCCACAAACCACUUGUUAAGUUGUCAUUGAGACUUUUUGUUAGCUGCCUUAAACUCAAAAAGUUCAUAGAAAUUCUAAAUUAACUGAAAGAAGGUAAUGCUUGAAAAAAGCUUUUGUUACUUUUCUUCUAAAGGGAUUGUUGGUGAUAUUAAUGGUAUGCAUUUGUUGAUUUUUUUUUUUUAAAACAGUGAUUUUUUAACUCACCAUAUAAACAUACUCAAAGUAUUUUUUUUCUUCCAAAUUCUCUACAAAACUUGCUGCUACAAAAAACAACUUUUAUUACAAAGCUUUUUAAGCAUCUUUAUCAGGGGUCCCCAACAGUUUCUCUCCAUCUAUAUUAUUUACCAAUCAUUCCUCUACUCUUUGCAAAAUGAUGUCAGUUAUUUGUAGAAAAGCUCGAAUGAUGAUUCUACUUAACAUUUGUUUAGCUCAGGCCUGUUUGCUCAUACCAGCCCAGCGCAGAUUAUCCUCCCUACUAAAUGAUAACUUUAAUGCCAUGUAGACAUAACAAACCUUCUGUAUGAACCCCAUGUUUACCACCACAGUCAAAACUUCUUUUUUUAAGUCACUGUUGUUCAAAUGGCA